AUGAACAAGAAGGAGGAUGUGACCGCCCCUGGCGAGGGGGUGGACGUCCUCGUCCAGCCGCUGCCGCACCCUUCGCGUCCCGCGGACUUAUCCGGCUUCGAGUUCCCGCAAGCCGCCUUCCAGCAGCAGCAGCAGCAGCAGCAGCAGCAGCAGCAGCAGCAGCAGCAGCAGCAGGAAGCGCAGCAGCACGAGGCCGACGAGUCGCCCGCGUCUCGCUCCGCGUUCCCCGGCUUCGGCGCCGCAACCGCCCCGCUGCACAGCACAGUGCCCUGCAGCAGCAGCAGCAGCAGCAGCAGCAGCAGCAGCAGCAGCAGCAGCAGGAUUCCGCCGCAAGUAAUGACAGCACUUGGCCCCAUGCCGCUGCCAGCAGAGGUCCGCAGGCGCAUCCCCGAGAAGUUCGUCGCGAGGCCAAUUAUUGAAGAAAGAGAAAUUUACAUCGCGAAAAAAGAAGUCCAAGAAAGAACCAUCGAAGUGCCGCACGUGCACUACGCGCACAAGUUCGCUGCAGUGCCGCAGCGGCUGCGAGUGAAGAAGCUAAUUCCGACUGUCACCGAAGUUGUCAAAGAAGUCCCCAAAGAGGUCUAUAAACCAGUUGUUGAAGAGAAAAUAAUUGAAGUCCCGCAGGGGGUCAAAUAUGUCGAAGUCCCCGUCGAAGUCCCGUGUCUCUACCCCCCAAAGAUCGUCCCCAAGCCCAAGGUCCAGCUGGUCGAAAGAGUGGUCCAGACCAUUAGACCAGUGGUCAAGGAGGCGGUGGUGGAGGUGCCGCAGACAGUGGUCAAGCAAAUCCCCAAGUUGAAGACUGUGGAGGUCCCUUACUACGUGCCUCGCUAUGUGGAGAAGGUCAUUGAAGUGCCUUACCAGCCUCCUGCUGCUGCUGCUGCUGCUGCUGCUGCUGCUGCUGCGCUGCCCCCCAUCCUCAGCGGCGCUCUCCCUGCUGCUGUUGCUGCCAACUUGCUGCUGCCCUUCCGCCUCGGGCCGCUGCCGCUCUCCAGCUGCAACUCUUUGUCUUUGCCUUACGAGGCCAAGAUCGACGUCCAGAUAGCGCAGCAGCCCCACUUGCUGCUGCAGCAGCAGCAGCAGCAGCACAACCCCGCAGCCACGCUCGUCUCCCCCAGCAGCAGCAGCAGCAGCAGCAGCAGCAGCAGCAGCAGCAGCGGGGCCCCCAUCGAGCUCGUGGAGGGCUUCAAGUGGGGCGCGCCGCCCAACGCCCCGCCGCUGAGCCCGCUGGCGCCCUUCUGCCCCCCCCCGGCGCCCGCGGGGGCCCCCCUGGGGGCCCCCCUGGGGGCCCCCCUGGGGGCCCCCUGGGGGCCCCCGGGGGCCCCCGGGGGCCCCCCGAGAGCCCUCGCGCCCGACGGAGACCCCCGGAUGCCCCACAUGCCCCCCCUGAUGGUGACUUGCCCCCCAGAAGUCGGCCAAGUCAACUUCGCGGGCUUUGUUGCUGAACCCGACAUCUUAACUCGGCAAGGAGUUAUGGCCUACUCGGGCUUCCGCAGCAGCGGGAACUUCCAGCUGCUGUUUCCGCCGCUGCCGCCGCAGCCGGGGGUGCCCAUGGACCCCCCGGGGACUCCUGACGUCCGCACGCUGCAGCAAACCAGCUGCUUCCUCCCCGAGCAGCAGCAGCAGCAGCAGCAGCUGCCUCAGCUGCAGCAAAAGGCACUCCAGAUCCAGCAGGAGUACCUCGAACCCACCCCUGGCUGCUGCGGACAGCAGCCACCACCCCCAGCAGCGCCACCCGUCUACGAGCAGUAG